AAUCAGACAGGAGAGAGAGAGAGAGAGAGAGAGAGAGAGACGAUCAGCAGAGCUCACUCACGAUACAGCUCUAUCCUCUCUCUCAUUUUUACACUUUUCUCUGAACUAAAAACAUCGACGAGUGUUUUUUUUCUCGGGUGGUCUACGUCCGGUUCCGUGUUUGUCAUGUGGCGGAGCAGCACUGUGCUCUCCCGACGAAGAAGAAGAGGAUGCUGGAUGCGGGCCAGCAGUAGGAGCAGCACCGGCCGGGGAUGCUGCUACUGCUGCCUGUGGUGACUCCCCCCACCACCACCUCCUCCUCCUCCUCUCAUCUCCUCCAUCAGCUGUAAUUAUCCACCAUGGCUCAGGAGUCCUCUCCCACGGCUGCACCGACGUCCUCCGGGUGAAAAUGGCCCCGCACUCCGCCUCCACUGGUCCGCCUUUACGCCUGUGAUGAACCGAGGGCGCCUGCUUCAGACCCCCCACACUUGUAGGCCUCUUUCUGCCGAUCUGGAUCAUGUUAUCACCUCCAACGCGUCUGCUGUGACAUUUUAAUCUGUUGUUUUUGCUUCUCGGUCCUCCAGCAUCGCUAAACUAACAUUUCUCGGAGCUGCACGGGGACAUGCGGCUCCUCACUGAGCCCAGCAGGGAUCAUCUGAGUUCUCCUGGUCUCACUCUGGUUGAUGGCACCUCUCUUGGCUUAACUUCUUCGGGAGCAUUUUUCCUGGUUUUACUCGCAGGUUUGCAGGUCUGUGCGUCCAUGCGGUAGUCGCCCUGCUUGGGGAGGAGUAAGCAGAGGGGUGUGGAGGUCCUGAGAAGCAGAGAACGUGGAGGGUGGGGACGUUUGCCUUUCCUGCUCAGGUUAAAACCAUGGCCAAUGAACCUGUCAUCCUUAACGUCUAUGAUAUGGUAAGAGCUCCAUCUCCCACUGCACUCACUCUUAAAGCAGGUCUGUUGGUGUUUCUUGCUCCUGAUUUGCUCAGAAAGUAGUGAAUGAAAACACUUUCAGUUGGAUAACGUUGGCGCCCCCUGUGGACAAAACAGUCUUUGCUUAUCUGGUCUUACACAUGUUGAAUUACCAAAAUCUAAUUGCUCUGACUGUGAAUAUUUAAUGUAAAAAUGUAAAAACAGGACAGUUUCUUCAGCUGCUUGGCUGGCACUUAAAGGGAUAUUCCGGCGUAAAAUUAAUUUAGGGUUAAACCCAACGUAACACCGAGUUAGACACCCCCUCAAAAGAUGAAUGUUGCCGACCGCUUGCUUCUCUAGUUAUUCCAACUUUAGUAAUGACCGCACAAUAGCAAUACAGAGAGCCACACGCUCAACCAAAACGCCACUCUAUAGCCACAAAUAAUGCUAGCAAAGAGACUGUUUGUAGCGAGAUCUCGGGCCAGUCCAUUACAGACUACAGCGGGGUGCCACAGCUCAAGGAAGAACAUUUAUGAUCAUUACUUUAUCAUUUCCUUGAAGUAAUAUUCACCAUAUUAAUCAUUUUUCACUGCAGACGCAGUAGUUCUUCUGUCUUAGCGUCUCGGUCUGAUUGUAUUUCCAUGAAGAAAUGAUCAUAAAUGUUCUUCCUUGAGCUGCGGCACCCCGCUGUAGUCCCUAAUGGACUGGCCUGAGGUCUCACUACAAACAAGCAGCUGCUGGAAGAGAGUAGGUUUGGUUGAGGUUUGUUUAUGGCUCCUCAGACCGCUGUGUAUUGCUAUCGUGCGGUCGUUACUAAAGUCGUUACUAAAGUUGGUAUAACUAGAGAAGCAAGCGGUCAGCAACAUUCAUCUCUGGAGGGGGGGUCUAACUCGGUGUUACGGUGGGUUUGACCCUAACUUAAUUUUACGCCGGAAUAUCCCUUUAAGGCAUAAAAACUACAGUAUAAGAAUUGCCAAUUUUGUCCCUGAGGAUCUCACUUGCCUUAAAAAUGUCAUAAAUAAUGCAUCAAUAAUAAUUUCAGUUUAUUUUAUAGAUAUUAAAAACCUUCUCACAGGAGCUUUAAAGUUAGAAAGAUUCAAAUGUGGAUCAAAUUUAGGUAGAAAAACAUCGCCUGUUGAUCCUGCAGCAGAGAUGUGUAAGGAUUCUUUUUUAUUAUCUCAGGUUAACACAGAUUCACUUUGCUUCUUUAUUUUUAUGCCUGUGCUCUUUAUGAACUUAUAAAAGAGUAAAAUUUACAAAAUUUACUGCUGAAUUUUAUGAGCACAGUCAAAAUGAUGCAGUAAAAUCUAGGAGCUGCAAAUUAGACGUGGUCUCCACAGGUUAGCUUUCAUGGUACCAGAUCACGACUUCACCAACCAAAGUACACACUCUUUUUAGACGGUUUUUGCACUUUUAAUUCUCAAUUAGAGAAAGUAAAGUGUGCCUCAAAUAUCACAAUACUGCGUCUGCAUUAAAAUCUGAGUCUGAAUCUGUAGAAGCUGCAGUUGUAUAUAAUUUAUGCAGCUGUCAGUGGAAUCUGGAGAGCACAGUGACACCCUACAUGGAGCUGCUGUUUCAGGUUGUCUACACAUUGUUCUCUGCAGCCCAAUUAGGAUACUGUAAAAGCAAAUCCUGCAGCUGAACUUCGCUAACUUAUGGGCAAGUCAACUCUGCAACUUUUACCCAGUUCAUGUGCACUCCAGACAAAUGAUUGCUAAAUUGAUGAUAUUUUCAAAGGGGUUUGGUUGGCACUUUGGCAGAAUGGUCUUUUAUCUCAUUGUUUUUUAAGACAUGAGCAGUUCUGGUGUAUUUUGGUCUUUGGUUUCCUUCUCUGAAACCAGCAGAGGAAGUGAAAGCACCAGCAGCACUGAAGAUAAACUGAGCUGUUGGACAUGAUGUGGUUCAAUACAGCAGACUCUGAGACAAUAUGAUAGUUUGAAACCUGUUAACCAAUCGUCUAACAGAUCCUCCCCUCAGCUCGCUGACUUUUGUCUCUGCACCCACAGCUCACAUGACGCACACUUGUACAAAAACCACACAAACACCGCAGCAGGACAAGGCUCCUCAUUCAUUCAUGUGCCCACUGUCCGCUCCUCACACUCUGUGCGGCUGCUGAACAACCUCCUGUGUGAAUAUUACGCAACAUUUUGACUGUCCGUCCACAGAUACCCUCCUUUUACAGCAAAACAUUGACUUUGCAAUAAGUCUGUUGAUUCUUGUAGUAAAUAAGCUGUUCAUAUCACACUCAAACUGAGCUCCAAACAGUGGUGCCUGCAAUAUUAUAUUACCUUUGUAAAAAUUCUAACUUAUCUUCAUUUUUAAUUAACAAUACGACCCUUUAACAUGUAUUUAUCCUUCCAAGUUACUUUCAGGUGAGUCUGUACAGAAAAAUUGGAGAAAACAUGAUUGUAAUACCAAAAAGACCAAGUCCAAACACUGCAGUACCUCAAGUGUCCACUUGAGGCUGACCCAAAAGCCAAGGAAUCCCCAUUAAGUCCAGUAUUUUAUCUAUACAGCUGAAUUAAACAUGUUUACAAGCUGGUUUAAUCAGCGAUUCAGGGUAUUUGGCUCAUGUAUGUGUUCCUACAUAAUGUACAGGGAGUUAUUUUUAUAAUACAAGGCUAAAUUUAACGUAAAUCUGUAUAAUUAGGGGCAUCUAAAGUAGGUUUAGUCAGCAUUUCUUCAUCUCUAUACACAAACCAGUGUGUGACACCACUGAGAUUACAUCCAUGUUUUAUAUAGUCUGUGAUAAAAACACACUUGGAUGGGUUAUAUGGCUUUAAAAAGGUGUGACGGCACGUUAAAAAAGACUACAAAUAACACGACAGUGGGAGCUGCUACAACAGGCUAGCACUGGUAAUCGCACCAUCUAUCAAGUGUCAGUGUGAGUAAGUACAAAAAUCAAAAAACAGGUUUAUCUGUGUCCUAAAAACCCAAGAUGAUGACGCCCCUGGAUGUCUUGUUUUAUUCCCUUGUGAGUCUUCUCUUUGCUCUUUUGAAGUCAGAUAUUUCAGACGGUGUUUUUGCAUUUCCAGAAACGCACAAUGAGGUGCAGUCAAGCACUAAAACCCGAACCCUGGUGCAGCUGUUGAGGUCUAAGCAUCAGUCGGAAGCUUUCUUCACAGACAAGCACCUCAGCGGGGCCACAUGUGACAGCUGCUCAGACAGACAGCCGAUUUAAUCCCAGCGUAGCUCUGCUGUGCCGGGAUUUAACAGGUCAAACAGGGAGGGGGGGCGGCUGGAAAGAGAGAAAGUGAUCAUGAGGGGGCGCCGAGUCCCGGAGACCGCUUUAAAUACUGGAGAUGAGAAUUAAAUACAAAGAGGAGAGGAGCAGAAAGAGCUGCCUGGAGGAGGGAUGAUGAUAAAUCGAUUGUUUUCAAUGUGAAAUCAAUGUGGCUGUUAGGAGAGUGCAGUGGUGCAUGAUGGGUCUGCAGACUGGGAGGACUGGUGCAGCGCCGGUGAUUUCUCAAAAACAAGAAAAGACGAAGAAAACAUGUGUCUGAUUUAAUCUAACAUGUCAGGACUCUGCUGUACGCUAACAGGAGUUAUUACGUUACUUUCCUUAGCCAUCUACUGGCUGUGUUAAAUGCUUGAUUCUGAUUGGUUCAAACUGUAAAGGGCGAAGGCAAAGGCAGACAGAUCCUCCACAAAAAGAGAGAAGAAAUAAGAGAGGACAGAGACCGUGAGUUAAAGAGACAUCUACCAAAUUGCAGAAAACAGACGUGAAGUAACCGCAAAUGUCGGCAAUGAUGUAGUUCGGCCUUUCCCUGUAUGAGUCGUGUUGUUAGCUAGCUAGGCAGUAGAUGAGUGGGUUAUCUAACAGCAUAUUACUCACAUUAGCUCAUGUAUUAAUGGUGCAUUCGAGUUCCCUUGGAAGUCAGAAGUCCGAGCUGGGAAUGACGUCACACCUGAGUUCCCAGCAUUUCAGUCACCAAGUCGGAAAAAAGCAAAAUUGGAGGUGGAAACAAGAUGGCUACAUUUAGGAAAGGUAUUUUGGUGCUUGUCUUGUCCAAAUAUGACGUUGCCAUCUUGUGGCCGCUUCCGAUUUUGCUUUUUUACGACUUGGCGCUGGUAACUCGGGUGUGAUGUCAUUUUCAGCUCCGACUUCUGACUUCCGAGGUAACUCGAACGCAGCAUUAGCACACGAGCUAAUGUGAGUUAUAUGCUGUUAGAUAACCCGCUCAUGUUAGCAUUCCUCUACUGCCUAGCUAGCUAAAAACACGACUCAUACAGGGAAAGGCCGAACUACCUCGCUGCCAGUGGCGGCUGCUGGUCUUUCAAGGAGGGGAAGCUCAUUUUUCUGGCCUACAUCAUAAUUGUGUUUGUUUAUUAGUAUGUAACAGAACAGAGUCGCCAAACACAACAGCAGUCGUUUUUAACAAAGACAAAAGUCGCUGAGGAUCGGUAAAGUCUCUGGAGCAGUUAAGAACAACGGAAUGAAUAACUUGGAAAAUGCUCUGGUAGAUGUUUUAUUCUUCAAGAUCGCUGAUUCGCUUGUUUAGCUGUCAAUCAAAAAAGGAUUUCGCCUCAGACAGCUCAUCCAGUCAUGGAUGCAGAAGCGCGGAGUCCGGGAGAAAGUCGGGACCGCCCUCUCGCCAUAGAACUCCAGUGAAGCUGGGCUUCCAUUGGGCGGGACAAGGCCCAGCAUUUAUCCAAUGAGCGUCUAGUUUCGCUGCUGGAACAACCCACUUUAAGCUUCCACAUUGAAGUCAGCAGAAGCCCAGCGUCCGGCUGUUUAAAGCGCUGAGGCGCUGCGAGGAUGAAUGGGAACGAAGUUAUGCCGGUUACCUGUGAUUAUCAGCUUCUUAUCACAGUGUCUGAACAAAAGAUGAAAGCUUUCUAGAGCGUAUUUAGUUAAUGAAAUGAACACACAGCCGUACGUAUUUCAGCACUUUUUCUUUUUUUGGGGGGGUGACAUUUUAAGGGAAGCCGAGCUUCCCUUGCAGUCUUAGAGCAAUCGCCACUGCUCGCUGCCUAUAUUGGGCGAGUGAAAAGUUAAAAAACAAAAUCAGAGGCAGAAACAAGAUGGCUACAUCUAGGAUAGUUAUUUUAGUGCUUGCCUUGUCCGAACAUAAGACAAGGUAACUGUCUUGGUAACUGAAACGCUGAGAACUGGGUUGUGACGUCAUUUUUAGUUCUGACUUCCAAAGUAACUCAAACGCACCUUAACUACCGUCUGUUUAAUUGUCGUCUAUCUGGCGUGUUUGCAGAGUUUCAACUCUUCGUCUUUUUCUCGGUUUCGUUGAAAACGAUAAAAAUCAACACGGGGCAAAAGUCACAGCAGAAACAUGAGGAGGCUGCUGGAGCGAAAUCAAAUGAUGGAUGUGUUUUAAUUGUGUAACUCUGUGCCCGGAAACGUGUUUUAUUAUUUAUAGCAGACAUCUGGGACAGUGUGGAGCUCUUAGUGUGUUUCCUCGGGGGUGUCUGAGGGUGAGAGAGCAUCAGUGGGGCAUGGAGGAGGAAAAAAGAGGGGGGCAGGAAAACCGGAUUAUUCCCUCUGUGUAAAUUUACGAGCUGUACUUUUGUAAACGAGUCUGUUGUUUCAUGGCUGAGACGUCUCCACUGUUUCUGAGUGAGGAAACAGGCGACGAAUGUCCUCAAACGUGUCCUUUAUUUUUGCAUAAAUGCUCAGGGUUCGAUCUCAGCAGCCUGUUGAUGAUGAUCGUCAGCCUCAGUGUGAACAUGAUCUCUGCAGAAAUGAUCCUUUCAGUUCAGGUGAUGCUGUUUGGAGGACGUCUUUCCUUUGACAGUCCUGUUUCUACUGCAGCAUGUUGUAUAUUUACAGCAGCAGCAGCAUCCUGAUGUUUUUUCUUUUGUGCCUUUUUUUCCUGCUGUAUCGAUCCUAACAUGACCUUGUUCCCUCUCUCUCUCUCUCUCCUCUUUGCAGUACUGGAUCAACGAAUACACGUCCAAUCUGGGGAUUGGAGUCUUCCACUCAGGCAUAGAGAUUUACGGCCGAGGUAAGACCCUCUCCUUCAGUCUGCGGGAUCAGACCCUCAGCCUCAGGCCCCUCAGCGCUCCCCCGUCUGUCUGGUUGUGAGUUUUGUGCGAGGCUGCGUUCACAGACACGGGUGAAGUCUGUUCUCGAAGUGGAGUAAAGUUUUUGUCGCUAAUAGCGUGACCCAAUUUCUCGGGGUUGAGUCACCGCUGACUCACCGUGUGUUUGUGUGUGUGUGGUUCGAAAGACGAGAGGCAGAAACCAGCGUGAAACUAUAUCGCCGGGAACUCCGGUGUGAAAUAUCGGCUCUGUGCACGGUGAAAUAUGAUGAGAGGAGAAAUAUAUCCCCCUCUAGGCGAGAGUAUCUCUGCUUUCUGCAGAGUUUCGGCACAUUAUUUUCUGCGUGCAGAAAUUUCUAGCAUAAUAAGCUCAUGAAUUCCAUCAUUUUGAAUUUACUGUCGAAGAAAAUCCUGCAAAUCUGAGGCCUGAAAUGUGAAAAAUAUCCAUGACUUGUCUUGAGUCUUUCUGGAUAUUGUCCUUUUUUUAAUAGAAGGUGGUUUAAAUGAGGAAUUUAGAAGAGAGUCAUGUGCUGUGGACGUAAAACACAAAAGUAACAGGAAGUCAGAGCAACAACAACAACAACCUGAUGCAUCCUCUCUCUGCAUCUCCCAAAUCCUGAUUCUGAUUGAACCCAAAACCCGUUAGAAUAAGAGGACGCUCAGAGGAUGCAGGUCCAGUCAGCUCAAACAGGCAGUGAUGAAUCAGGAUCUUCAAACGUGGCGUCCCACAAGGCUCCGUCCUCGGCCCCCUCCUCUUUUCUGUCCACAUCCUUCAGAGACUCUGUGGUGAUCAGUUACCGAUCUGUCCAAACUGUCUCGUUGAUAAAAAACUUGAUUUUUUUGCGUCUCAGUUGCAGAAAAACUCGGAGCUUUCUUCCCCUCAGGACUCCACUAAACCGGUCUGGAGUAAAUUAGGUCACCUGUCCGCUUUCAUUAAACCAGCAGCUAAAAACCGUAUUAUGUUUGACUCCUGCUUUUGAAAAGGGUUGUGAAAAAACAGUUUCUUUCCCCCGGCGGUCCCCCGGUCUAAUUUUAGACCUGAAAACGACCAGAGUUUUUCUCUUAAUCAGGUGUGUGGCUUGUUUGUUUUUUUCUCUCGGCUGCUGUGGUUUCUUCUUCUUCUUCUGUCUUUAAAUAAAUCUGACUCGACUAAUGAUCGCUCACGCUCCGUGGUAAACAGAGAGAGAGAGGAGCUGAGAUGAUGUGUGAUUAUAAUGAACAUCAUCGCAGUCAGACAGACAGUCGAGGGUAAAAACAGCAGAAGAAAAACAAAAAACACGACUUCUUUCUGACUUCAUCUUCUUCACUAACCGCUGAUUGUGACGCUUAAAAGACGACCAAUCACUGAUGAGGGAUUUCAGGUGUUUAGGCGCAGAUUCAGACCCUGCAGUGAUAGAUUAUAUUAUAUGUUGAAUUUGAGGGUGAGCUGCGUUCACGGUGCUGCGCCUCAGAGUGUUCAUCAGUGUUUUUAUCCAUCUGCUGUAAACACAGAGCGCGGCGGCCUGUAAUUAGCCCGUCCUAAUGAUCUAAGCACCAUGUGUCAGUGAUUAAAUACUCUCCUCUGUGUGAUUACAGUCGCUCACGUUCUUGUUUGUCCUCGCAGAGUUUGCAUACGGAGGUCAUCCGUACCCGUUCAGCGGCAUCUUCGAAAUCAACCCCGGGAACGCCGCCGAGCUGGGAGAGACGUUCAAGUUCAAGUGGGUGUUUUCGUCUCUGUCGUCUGUUUUCAGUGUUUUCAGCGUCCUGAUGUGUCUCUCUCUCCUCACAGGGAGGCCAUCGUUUUAGGAACCACAGACUUCACAGAGGAGGACAUGGAUAAAAUCAUGGAGGAGCUCGGGAAAGAGUUCAAAGGGAACGCCUACCAUCUAAUGCACAAAAACUGCAACCACUUCUCCUCCUCGCUGUCUGAGGUCAGUGAGACUCCUACCUGAACCAAAUGUUCAGGAUCCAUACAGAGACGGAGCGGAGCGCGCUUACAUAAACGCCGCUCCGCAGAGCUGAAACACUUUCACACACUGAGGUUGUUUUUCUCGCCGUGAAGAAUCCGGCAGCCUGUGAAAAACAGAAGAAUAAUGAAGUUUUCAAUGAUUCCUGUAGUGGGAGUGUGAUAACCGGGUUUCUAUAACACGUUUACUGUCUUCAGACGGAGUUUAGUUGUUAUUUUAACGACAUGGUGGUUAAAUGGGGCCAUGAAUGGAACCCUGAGGGACCCCACAUGAGAGGGGGACAAAAACACAGACGAUUAAAAACUGUGACGACAUCCACACGACUCGUUUAACUCUGGUUUUCUCUUCUCAGUUGCUGUGCGGGCGGGAAAUCCCUCGCUGGGUCAACAGGCUGGCGUACUUCAGCUCCUGCAUCCCCUUCCUGCAGAGCUGCCUCCCGAAGGAGUGGUUGACCCCGGCCGCCCUGCAGAGCCACAUCAGCCUGGGCCUCCACAAAGAGGAGCAGAACGAGUCGAGCGACGACGACCAUUCGUCCCCGUCGGGAGCGGCGGCCACCGGCUCGUCCCACAGCUGCCGCCACACCAGGGUGUGAACUUCCACGCCUCCACGACCACCUCCGGACCCUCGCGCCACCUCCGCCGGCGGCUCAAGUGGCAUUUGUGGGCUUGAACAACCACCUGACCUCAUACUGUUCGUCGUCUGAGUGAAGAGGCAGGAGAAGAAGAAGAAGAAGAAGAGUCUCCUCUUCCUGAAGAAGAGCCGCUGCCUGCCAGAGACUUCCUGUCCUUUCUCCAGGCGAACUUUGACCUGAGCCCUGAAGCGUGGCUCAGACUCAGAAUCCACCGCGUACAGAUCUGAAGUUUGUAGUCAGUAUUAUAACUCUUUUCCAUGAACUUUUCAAACCUUUGUCAGCCUUGUUCCCUGUCCUGCCUUCAGAGCUGCUUUUGUAGAAGAACUAGACAGACAGCUGAGGCUCCUUUUAGCGACUUUUACCAGGAAACAGCUAAUCUGCUCAAUUCACAGGUUCUCGUCCCAAAACCUCUAUGUGGCCUUCAGUUCAUAUCCUCGACUCUGCUUUCUGUGUUGAACUCACGUAGUUAACCGUCGGCCAUUUUAGAGAGGGAGCGGGUUGAUUAAUCGAGGUUUUAAAAAACUGCAUGUUGAAGAAUUGAACUGGGACCCCACUUUUCUGACUCAAACUGCGAGUAUUUAUUUAUUAAUUCUCCUUUUUCCUUUUUUAAGACAAACGAUCCGACCGGGGAUUUGUUUUUUUAAUCUGCUGUUAACACCAACGAAAACAGGUGCACAGAAAACUGUCGACUACUGCAGAGUGUCAGAGCCACAUUACAGGAAAAUAAAGACGCAGGAUCACAAAAACUAGUGAGAAUAAAGUGAAUAUUUCAGGAAUUAUGUCUAAUAUUUUAAAACAUACUCAAAUAAGUCCUUCAUAGAGUUAAUAAAGUCAUAAUUUUACAGUAAUAUGUUGUAAACGAUUAAAUUUGUACAUAAACUUAUAAAUUAAAACUCUUUCCUGUGACUUUCAGCCCAUCCUGUUGCAGCUUUUAUUGAAAACACUUUAUUUCGAUUCUCUAAUGUGGUUCUGAUUCUCAGUCGUAGAAAACAAUCAAGGGCAAAACACUGUUCACGCCGUCUCCAGCAGUCCAGUCACAAACUGUGAACAUGUCCGAGACGCCAACUCCACGAAAGGCAAGCUGCUACACCGACAAAUCCUGACUCUGUGACCCCGUUACGGUUUUGGUCUACGCUUUUAUAUCAAAACAGUCUUUGUAUAUCUACGGUACGACAGAAAUGUACACCAACAGUCAGAAAAUGUUCCUGGUAGAGCCGGUCUGAGAGAAACUCCCGGAGUUAGUUUUCCUUUAAAGUCCUUAAAGUUUUCUUUUCCUUUAUUUCGGGAAGGUUUCUGCGUUUUUACUCACAGUUGGAUGGAAAUAAAGAGUUGUGUUUGGCCUGAGGGGGACUAGAUGUCUCUGCUAGAAUAUAGAAAACACGCUAAGCUAACAGACGCUCACCUGAAUUUUAAUACAAGAGUAAAAGAGCAGUUUAAAUCUUUUUUUAUUAUCUGGCAGUAAGAAAGCAGUCGUUUCCUGGAAUUUAAAACCGUUCCUUUAAAAUCUUGAAUUUCACAAAGCAUUUUAAUCAGAGUAAACAAACCUCAAACCUGUGUCCUUUCAUAGCUGGUGUUUUUGUGCUGGCAGUGCCCAUGACCUCGAUGUCAGGGCUCCUUCCACCUCCACCUGUGAGUCUGAACUCUUACCGACCAUUAAAGGACACUCAUGAUAGUUUUCACACAAACUGAGUAGAAAAUAAACAGAAGUAAGAGUUCCCAGGUGAGCAUGUCCCUUUAAGAGCAGCCGGGUGGGCGUGUCCUUUAAUACUGUCCUGAUUGGACAGCAGGGCCUGACAUCAGGUUUGGGCCGAGUCUUUGUAAGUGAAAGGUCAAAGUUGAUCCACUGAUUAACAAAAGCAGCAGAUGCUUUUUGUGUUUUUGUACAGAAGACUGACCCCCAAUUUCCACCACAUCCUGAACGGCUACAAAAAAAAACCUAUCCUCCGAUCGUAGCUGAUCGUAACCAUUCAAGUUAACGUGUCAAUUUCCACCGACUUCUUUCCGUUCCUCUGCAGAUCGCCGGACUCCCCAGCGGAUCGCAAGAGUUCUAUUUUUUACUUGAUUUAUAUCCACAUACAGAUGAGGCCUGGGUCGGAUUAGAACAAAUCAGAACUGACCUGUUCACACUUAGAUGAAAAAAUCUGAUAUGAGUCACAGAUGGUUAAAAAAUCAGAAUUGACCUGCAGUGUGAACAUAGACUAGAAGUCUAGAAGUCGAUUUCCUCCUCUGGAAGGACACAAUCUACUGCUUAUAUGGUUAGCCUAUGUGGCUAAAGACAACUCGUUAUCGCGCGAUUGCACGUGUAUCCACGGGUUCUUGUGAAAAUCACCGCCAUUCCGAAUGUGGUGAAAAUUGGGGGUGAAACUGUAAAUAGGUCCUGCCAGCACAAGCAUGAGCGUCAGUGGACACAGGCCCUUAUUCAUCCUGGUGAGGUUGUUUGUUCUGUUGAGAAGACAAGAUUGUCAUUAAGAGGAAAUAUGAUGUCAUUAAGCUAAUUGUAAUCAUUGUUUCGACUCACAUGCAGGUAAACACGACUCCCCUCUUCCAUUUGCUUCUUAACUUCUUGUAUAAACUGUUACCUGCUUUUCUCACCUGUCCUUCGAUUAAUUUCAGUCCCUCCUGCUGUGUUGCGUUCAAGGACAGCUAACCUUUCUCAGGAAGGAAUCCACAUGUGUUGACUUCUCCAUGUUCUGAAAUAAGCUAUAUUCUUAUUUAUUUUUCAGCUGUACUGUGUUUGGGUUUUUCAGUUUGUCAUCACAGGAGCUGUACAGAUCAGAACAGACAGACCGGACAGACAGACAGGUGUUUAUUUUUCAUGGUACUGUGUCAACCUUAACCCUGUAUUUCCUUUUCUGAUCCCAAGACAAUUCAAGAAUGAUGAUAUAGUGCUAGAAUAAAGAGACAGAGUAACAAAACAUGGUUGUAUUCUUUUGUAAAGGUCUAAAUAAGCACGGAAUUGAAAAACACAUACAUGACUCUGUAGUGGAAGUCACCGC